UUCUUCAUUGAAGACUUGGACGGACAGAGCCUAUUUAUCUGGCUAUCGUUUUAAAGCAGUUUUGCAGUAUUUUUUAAUCAGACCCUCCUAAUGCCAUCGAUUCUCAGAAAGUCCAAUACACAUAAACUGUUUUAGAAAUUUCAAACCUGAGAGUUCAGACUGUCGUAAUCAUCUCCGCCGCAGACAGGCUAACGUUAAUCAGCCGCUCUCAGCAUCACAAACAUGGAGCAGCACGACUCGACGUUCGGAGUGCAGCUCUUCAUUUAUGACCUGUCGAGGGGGAUGGCCCGACAGCUCAGCCCGAUAAUGUUAGGAAAACAGCUUGAUGGGAUUUGGCACACAUCUAUUGUGGUCUAUGGAGAGGAAUUCUUCUAUGGUGGUGCUGGGAUCUCUAGUUGCCCACCGGGUGGGACAAUGCUCGGACCUCCAGACACAGUGGUGCAGCUGGGAAACACAGAGGUGACAGAGGAGAUCUUUAUGGAUUAUCUGUCCUCACUUGGAGAGACAACAUAUAGUGGUGACAAAUACAGAUUGUUUGAACACAACUGUAACACGUUCACUAAUGAGGUGGCCCAGUUUCUCACUGGCAAUAAAAUUCCCUCCUAUAUCACAGAUUUGCCCUCUGAAGUGCUCUCCACGCCAUUUGGUCAGGUGCUGCGGCCAAUCCUGGACUCAAUACAUAUUGCCCCUCCUGGCAGAAACGUGAUCAGCAGUCAAAAUAAUCAUAGCUAGAUCAGCUUUGUAAUCUCUCUUUCUCUCACACACACUCACCUACACAUGCAAUAAUUCACACAUACGCUGUUUAUACACACACAUUAGCCCUGUUGUAAAUGAAGUUGGCUCAAAACACCUCGUUCAAGAGCACAGAACAAAAUUUCCUCGGUUCUGGUCCAUAUUCACAGAUGCCCAGAUAUUUUGAGACAGUUAUGCUUAGUGUUUCAUGCACAAGGUCUGGGUCAUUCUUUCCAGAUCACUGAUGGUUCAUAUUUUUCAGUGUUGAGUUUUUGGUUUCUUUAGUUUUCAUUUUAAUAUGUAUCUUUAUUUUGUAUCUCUACAGCCCACCACAUGCAAAGAUCAUUUGUUGUUUGUUGAUGACAAUCCAACUUUUUUCCUGUUGUUAGUUUUGAUUCCUUUCGCAUCAUUUCAUGCUUCCUUUCCUUAAUAAUAUGUCUGUUGAUAUAUCUUACUAUUGGCAAGCCAAAAGUUGAAGGACUAUCUUUAAUUUGAGUAACAUACAGUAUAUUUAUUUAUUUUUGUGUGUGACUUUGUGGCAAAGAAGCACAUAUGCUAUAAUAUGACUUGCAUUCUGAAGAAAUUACUGAAUGGGGCUCAGAUUCAGAGAGAAAUAUAUGUAUCUGUGCCUUUGUCAUGCCAGCUUGGGCACAAGUAACAUUUUUAACUAAACUAAACUGUAAAGUACAAAAUUAUUUAUACAUUUAAUGCUCGAGGUAGACAUUGUCUCUUCCAUUUAUAUAACCAGCUGAAUGUUUUUAUAUGUGCUUUACGCUGAUUUUUAUUUUCAUGAAAGGAAAGUUUGCUGCUGUUGUCAGUGUUAUAUGGUUGAAUAUGUGUGUUUGUUAUUGGUAUUUAUUAACAUUUUCCUAUUUUAAAAGGUAUUUAUUGAGGACAAAUGAUAGUAUAAUAGUCAGAGAUGUUUAAUGAAAGACUAUUGCCACUCUUAUUUUGUUUUCAUGCUGUUGUCAUUGUCAGAUUGUUACUGCAAACCCUAAGCUGCACUCAUUUUGAGCUUUAUACUAAUUUUAAUGGAAGUUAUCUCAUCAAAGAACCAGCACUGAGUAUACAUAAACGUGUGUGUGUGUUCUUAUCCUCACUUUUUCUGUGAUCUAAACAUAGACAUAGUACAUGAUGCUACUUGUAAAAAUGUAUAAAUACUUACUUUGAAAUUGAGUUCACAAAUCUGAAAUAAAACAAUUCAACCAGUUUUCAAAAAAUGUACAUAUAUAUAUAGAGAGAGAGAGAUAGGGACCCCUGCAUUAAUUACAAAUGCUUUGGUAUUCAAGCUGAAGGAAGAAAGUCAAAUCUGAGACAUUCUACACAGAUUUCCAAAAAUGGAAUGGACAAAAUUAUUGGCACCUUUUCAGAAUCUUCAGAAUUAAUUGUAUUUCAAGCAUGUGAUGCUCCUUUAAUUUGUAAUUAGACUCACCUGUAGCAGUUCAAAGGUGCUGGCAAUAUAGAAAUCACACUUGCAACCAAUUAAAACAGAGAAAAGUUUGGCUUACCGAAACAAAGUUACCUUUUCACAUUUGGGGGCCCAUCAAGACUGCCUAUGCAUAGGGCCCGGGAUCUUGUGCAACGCCCCUGUGUUCAGCAGCCGGAGCUCUUAAAGCCGCUAAAAUAACCUAAUAACCAGAUGCUGUGAUGUCUGUUAAUCAAAAAAAAAAAAAAAAAUGGA